AUGAAGAAAAAAAGACAAGAACUGAUGCACGAACAAUCCACAGCAGAACGUAGUUUUACCAAUAUAUUUGGGCUUUUGGAUUUAUUAGAUCCUCAGGCCCCGGAGGAAUUUAAAAAAAGAUACUUGGCAAUCCAAGAAGCUAAGCAAAAAAUAAGUGAUACUUUGAGGGAAAAAAAACAGGAUCUUAAACUAGAUGAAUUAAAAAUUAAAGUUUUAGACAAAUUAAACAAACUGGAUGAUAAAUUAUCAGAUGUUUUUUUCAAAAGACCUGGAAAAUUUGAAAAAUUCUUUUACCCAUUUACCCUGUUAAAUAUUUUUACUAUUGGGUUUCUAAUGGGUCAUAAACCGGAGAUAUUCCAUAUAUAUUAUACUAUUUUAUUCUUUCUAUUAAUACCGAUAAGGGCAUAUACAUAUUACAAGACCAAUAAUCAUUAUUUUUUAGCAGAUUUAUGUUAUUAUGUGAACGGCAUGUGUCUUUUAUUUAUCUGGGCGUUUCCAAACAAUAUCAGCCUAUAUUUGUCAACUUUUGCCUUAACUUUUGGUACCUUAAGUUGGGCUGUAAUUACAUGGAAAAAUUCUUUGGUUACACAUUCUGUCGAUAAAGUUACUUCAUGCUUUAUUCAUAUUAUGCCUCCCUUAACAAUCCAUGUAAUAACGCAUGUUCUAGAUGAUACCGAUUUUCAAAGGGAACGAUUCCCCGCUGUCUAUUUGUCAAAGGCAAAUAUCACCAAUAACGGUGGUUGGCCCCUCAAAACCAAUAUUUUUUAUACCUCGCUAUAUUAUUUAUUGUGGCAAUGCUCCUAUCACUAUUUUAUAACGAUUAGACAAUCCACUAAAAUUCAAUCUGGAGAAAGAAUGACUAGUUUUGAAUAUUUAACAAAACAUACCUUUAAAAAUACUCCUAUUUUGUCCACUUUAUUAGACUUACCGGACCCAUAUCCAAUGCUAUUAUAUAUUUUAUUUCAAUACCUUUAUCAAUUGAUCACUAUGUCCUUGUGCGGUAUUUGGUUUGCUGAUAGUCAUGCAGCUUCAAUAUUCUUACUGAGUAUUUUUUUGGUUGCUUCUUAUAAUGGGGCCACUUAUUAUAUUGAUUAUUACGGCGAUCAAGGUUUAAGGAAAGAGAUAAAAAAACUACAGUUAGAAAUAAGAAACAUCCAGGGCUCGGAUAUCGAAGAAGAUGAAGCGGUACGGUGA